AUGCGCGCGGGGGCACUGCUCGCGCUGCUGCUGGCGUCCGCGGCCGACGUCGCCGCGGGGGUUCGCGCCCCCGGCGGCGUUCACCCCGCGUGGCAUCCCGCGGUCCUUCAUCCCGGGUCGUCCGUCCCGGCCGCCGGAUCUCCCGAGCGCGAUCGCCCCGCCGACGCUCCCGCGACCGCGACGGACGACGACGGGGCUCCGUCCCCCGCGUCGAUGCCCGGGCGGUAUCCCACCGCGGGCUACUCCCCGCACAACGGCAGUUCCGCGGCGUUGCGCACCAGGGAGCUUCCCGGAUGCUCGCUGCACGUGUUUCGACACGUGAGCAAGGCGGCGGGUACCACCGUCCGCUUCAUCUUCGACAAGCAGGUGGCCAUGGGGGACUUUGAGUUUCUCCCGAUGUGCCACUACGGCUUCAGGGAGAAGGAUUGGCGAGAGGUGGUGAAGCGGUUCAAGGACGCCGCCGUGGAUCCGGCGAGGAUCGAGUCGGGCGAGGGCCCGCGAAUCAUCGUGGAGAUUCGAAACGAGUGGGGCGCCACGCGGGCGUUCGAGGACGUCGUGAUGAGAGACCUUCGCGAACUCCGAGCCACGCACUCGCACCUCGGGUGCGAGAUAUCCUCAUCCAUGCUCUUCCGCGACCCGACGGCGCAGUACCGCAGCUUCUACGAGUAUUACAUCAGGAAGGAGCAGGAGAAGCCAAACGGGCCGGACCAGGGCGCCGCCGCGUGGGGCGACUCGUUCGCGCAGUGGGCGCGCGCCGUCCCGGACCUGCAGCUUCGCGAGGCGCUCGGCGACAGGUGCGUCCCGGCGCUGCGAAUGCCAAUCUUUCACACGGAUCCCGCCACUGGCGAGAGAAAGAGCGAGCGGAUCCUGGACGAGGCGUGCAAGGUGACGCUCGGGGACAGGGCUCGGUUCGAACGGAUCGUUAAAGACGUGGACGUCGUCGGGGUGGCGUCGGAGUUUGACGCGUUUUGGCUCGCGCUCGCCGACGUCGUCGGGUUUCAGCACCUCGAGUACGUGAGGUCAAACACCAAAGAACGCCACGGCGCGGGUCGGAGGACGCUGGCUGCUGACGUGGAUGCUGGCGUGGAUGCUGACGUGGAUGCUGGCGGCACGGACGUCGGCACGGACGAUGACGACGACGCGGCGGUGGUGGCGGCGACGGCUCCCAACGACGUGUGGGCGCACGAUUUGGUGCGGCGGACGCAAGCCGCGACGUGGGCGGGGUGCGACGAUGGGGAUCCCACAGCUGGCGCAAUCGGUGCAGGGUCCUCGGCGGGCGUGGGCGGGUUGGGCGAGGGGAGGGGCACGACGGGGAGGGAGGAUGGCGGGUACGGGUGCGAGCUGAGGCGUCGCGUGAAUGCGCUGCGCGCCGCGUCCGUGGAGGCGAAGGACGGGCGGACGAGGGUCGGCGGGUCGCCCCCGCUCUCUGUGUACAUGUUCGCGCGGGCAAACCCCGGACGGGACGACAAUCCGGUCCGCGCCGAGCACCGCGCGCGGCCGGGUUUCUACACGUCCGAGCCCAUCUGCAAGGGAUUCGGCACGGAUUUGUCGGCGCUGGUGAGAAAAGACGACGCGAGGUACAAAGGGGUCAACCAGGGUUCCGAGGCAUCAAGGACUUUGUUUCCCGAAUCUGAUCUCGUUCCUAACGAAAGUCAGUCAGCUCCGCCGCGGAAUGGCGUAUCAGAUUUUGCCGCUCUCCCCUCCUUUCUCCGGAUUUUUCUUCACUUCUGCGCUUUUUUGCUGGGGUCCAGUCCCCCGUCGGUCGUAUCGCGAGACGCCGCGAGCGUCCCAGCGAGCGUCUCCCGAGGUCCAUACUCGGGAGGACCUCGCCGUGCUAUGGAGGGUGCGCAUGACCUCCUAAAUGAUUUUCAGGGAGAAGCGAAGCUAAAUGGGAUGGGUCUAUUCACCGGCAUCGGCGGCAUCGAGUUAUCGCUCAAGAGAUGGAUCCACUGGAUCAUGUACUGCGAGAUCGACACCUUUUGCGUUGAGGUUCUCAAAGGUGAGAUAAGUCUUCCGUCUCCGACGUUCCGCGCCCCGCCGCGGCCUGUCGAACCCCCCCGAAAUCUUCACGCGGCACCUUCGGCGAGACCGAGUACUCGGACAAAUCGUACCCAGCCCCGGGUCCGGUCCAACGCUCCGUCCCCCGGCUGA